AUGCACGACCCUCGUCCUCCUCCCCAAGAGACCUCCUUCGACCUGGAGCAGCAAGACGCCCUAAUCAGGUCAAACCUAAGCCUUAACACCAUCGUAACAAACCCUGACAAAGGUUUUUGCGACUCGUGCCUGACGCGUAUCCCCUACGCCACACUCAUUGCAACGAUACAAUGUGCCUUAGGAGUGGUGAUUUUCUGCGGUACGAUGUACCGUGGGGCCACGCUUGCGGUUUUGAUGUUCAGCGAUGUGUUCAAGAUGCAGCUGUUCUGGGUGGAUGCGGUUAAAAUGACUUUCGUGAUUAUUGGAGCGUGCAUGGGGGCCCUGGGGCUCAUGAUCCUUACAGUAGGGUGUCUGGCGACGGGAGCGACAAGACAUAAAGUUUACAGAGCGUGGAGAUCCCGAGUGGGUGGAAGAAUCAGCUGCGCUAUCUUUAUGGCGAUUACGUACAUCUUGCAGCUGAUUUGGAUCCUCAUUUUCACUUUCUUGGUGAUUGCGACGUUCUUGUUUACGAUUUUUUGGAAGAUGUGUGCGAACGAAAGAGUGGCGACGUUCCAGGAUUGCAUUGACUUUACCCAAUUUUAUUUUCUGUUCCCCGCGGGGACGCGCCAAGAGCACAUGAAAGUCUGUGGCGACCACAACGUCAAAGCAUUCUGUAAAGACUACACCGAAAAAAUCGAAGUUAUGGUGAUCCUAGCCACUGUGGCUUCCGUUUUGGUGAUUUUAAGCCUGGUGCACUACUUGAUGUGUCUGGCGGCAAAUUACGCCCAUAUACGUGAUCACGAGAAAUUCCAGGAGCUCCAGGAUUUGCAGAUGUUGAGCGACAAUGACAUGCUUGCGGGGAAAGACAGGUUCUAGGAUACGGCCCAGGAAAUACAUUUACCCGAGAUUAGGUGGGGCAACAUGUUGCAUGAAGGGUUAUAAAUCGGGCGUAUUUCCUGGGGGCUCAAUUUUUCGUACUAUAAGAGAAUCCCGUCCAACUUCCAUAGGUUAGGUUUAUACAAGGUAGCUGACAUAUCAUAGGUGGCGCUGAGAAGACGGACAAGGCUGAAGCGUGGCCUUCUCGAUCAAGCGGGGUGAUUGAUUGCGUUAAUUUGAAAUCGAAUGUGGCAGCGACAAACAAGUGAGGUUAUGUUUUUAGUGUUAUUAAAUGUAAAGGUUCGAGCGAUGAAUCACCCCGCCUACAAUUUACACAACGGACCACAGUGUCUUAUUUCGUAGCUCUACCGAUUAUUGUAAAUAGGAUAAGAACUAUAUUUUCUACUUGUAUUUUUUUAUGAUUUUUGUUUGAGUAUUAUACCGCACAGGAUGUCUGAAUAGAACUGAAUAAAACAGUUUAAACAAAA